AUGUCUUCUUCCAUUUCUUCUUCAAAACAAGAAUUCAAUUUUUUUGAUGUUCAGCAAAUUAAAGAUCCAAACAAUACAAAUGCAACUCCUGCUAUUUUUCAAAAACCAGAUAUUACAUCGAGCACUAGUGGUCGAUAUGUACAUGUUGUAGACAAAUCAUUUAAUGUACAAUCUUUCUUAGCAUAUGAUGGAGGAAGAAUCACACAUAUGAAACAAAUUAAACAAAAGAAUAUCUUAGUAACAAUUGGCGAUGAUGAUCCUCCUGCUAUUAAAAUAUGGGAUCUUGACAAGCAAGAUAAAUCUAAAGGAACUCCUGCAUGUCAACGAACAAUUAAAGUUAAUCAUGGUGGUAAACCUUUUCCUGUAUCAACGUUUGCUGUACUAGAUAAUCUGGGUCAAAUUGCUGUUGGUUUGGCCAAUGGUGUGGUUGUGUUGAUUAAAGGUGAUUUGUAUAGAGAUCGUCAUACAAGACAAAAAGUAAUACAUGAAAGGCUUGGGUUUAGAGAACAUUGGAAAUCAAUUAUUUUAUUCAUUGUUACUACAAAUAAGAUUCUAACUUAUGUAACAACCAGUAAAUUACCACCUACUAUUCUUGAUGAUCAAGGCUGUGGUUUAAAUUGUGCUGUAAUGAGCGAUACCACACAUGAAAUGGUUGUUGCUAAAGAUGAGGCAAUUUAUUUCUAUGGACCUGAUGGACGUGGAUCUUGUUUUGCUUAUGAUGUUACUUGGUUCAAAUCAUAUUUGAUAAUCGUUGCACCUCCAGUUUCUCAACCAACCAGACUUACAACUACCACACGAUCGGCUUUAUCAAUACUCCCAGGAAGUUCUCAACAUCACCAGCAGCAGCAACAAUCAUCUUCAACGCUUUAUGAAUUAACAAAAGUAACUAUCUUUGACACUGCAAAUAAAGUUAUUGCAUACAUGGGAACUUUUUCAUAUGGUGUCAGAACAAUUACUUGUGAGUGGGGCGAAAAAGAUACUCCAACUAAAUUGGAAAUAUUAUUCAAAAAAAACUUGUAUUUAUUAGCCAUUAAUCUUGCACAUAGUCAAAAAUAUGACGAUACCAGUAUUUCAGAAAUUUUUAAAAAAUACGGUGAUCAUUUAUACAAUAACGGGGAUUAUGAAGGUGCAAUGACUCAAUAUAUUCGUACCAUUGGUCAAUUAGAGCCUUCUUAUAUUAUUCGAAAGUUCUUGGACGCCCAAAGAAUUCAUAAUUUAGUAAAUUAUCUUCAAGAACUUCAUUCACAUAAUUUAGCUAAUGCAGAACAUACAACGUUAUUACUUAACUGUUACACCAAAUUAAAAGAUGUAGCGAGAUUGGAUCAAUUUAUUAAGACGGAUAAUGAACUUACAUUUGAUUUGGAAACUGCUAUCAAAGUUUGUAGGCAAGCUGGUUAUCAUGAACAUGCUGUAUAUUUAGCAAAAAAAUUUGGUGAACAUGAUUUAUAUUUGAAAAUACAAAUCGAAGAUGUUAAAGCAUAUGAAAAUGCAUUGGAAUAUAUAAGAAAGUUGGGUCCAUUCGAGGCGGAUCGUAAUUUACAAAAAUAUGGAAAAAUACUUCUUAAUCAUCUACCAGAACCAACCACCAAACUUCUCAUUGAUCUUUGUACAAGCAGUAAUAAUCAGAUUAGUGGAAUCAAUAAUAAUAACAGUAGCACCAGCAACAGCAAUAAUAAUAUAACUGCAUCGUCGUCAUCAUCAGCUAUGAUAAAUGGUCAUUCUUAUUCUGCCAAUGAUAAAGUUUCUAGUGUUUAUAGGCCACCGCCAAUUCGCACUUUUAUGUCAUUGUUUGUUGAUCAACCAAAUUAUUUAAUUCAAUUCCUUGAACGAGUGUCUGAGAAACGUUGGGGAGGAUUUGGACUGUCACGUAAAUCUAAUAGUAGUAACGACGACAGCGACAAAUCUUCUUCAACAGCACAAUUAAAAUCAAAAAAUUUUGAUUUAUCUAAAAACAGCAAUAACAAAAAUUCAAAAAAUAGAGAAUUGGAUGAUAAAGUUGUAGAGAAAAAAGCUGUAUGGAAUACACUUUUGGAACUUUAUUUAUCCGAAGCAUAUUUACCACCCGUUAUAACAACUAAAGACGCUAAAGGAAGAAAGUUAGGUGCCCCAAGUACUUUUGCUGUUUCAACUGAAACAGAACGUAUUAAAGAGAAACAUAUAAGAAAAGAAAAAGCAUUGAAUCUAUUAAAAGAUGAAGAUGUAUCAUAUGAUAUAAAUCAAGCAUUGGUUCUUUGUUACUUGGCACAAUAUGAUGAUGGGAUUGUUUAUCUUUAUGAAAAAAUGAAAAUGUACGAAGAUAUUUUAAGAUUCUAUAUGGCCAAAGAUAAUACGGAAAAGGUCAUUCAAGUAUUAGGAAAAUAUGGUCAACAUGAACAAUCCCUAUACAUAUUAGCAUUAACCUAUUUUUCAUCAUCACCAACAAAUUUGGAAUCAUCAUCAGUUGAAAUUUUACGAAUACUUGAUUAUAUUGAUAAACAUAAUUUAUUGCCUCCUUUACAAGUUAUUCAGGCACUUAGCAGAAAUUCACUUGCAACUUUGAGUAUGGUUAAAGGAUAUAUGGGAAGGAGAAUUGAAAGUGAACGUAAGGAAACACUUGCAAAUCUUAAAAUGAUACAGAAUUGUCAGGAAGAAACAAUAACAAAAAGAAAAGAAAUUGAAGAACUUAAGACUGUAGCUCGUAUUUUCCAAGUUACAAAAUGUUCUGCUUGUCGUGGGUCACUUGAUCUACCAGCUGUACAUUUUCUAUGUCGACAUUCAUUUCACCAAAGAUGUUUACCUGAAACAGAUCGUGAAUGUCCUCAAUGUGCUAUUCAGAAUAGAGAGAUACUAGAAAUUAGAAGAUCACAAGAAAUUUGUGCUGAUAAACAUGAAUUAUUUUUUGAUAUGUUGGAGAAAGCAGAAGAUGGAUUUAGUGUUAUAGCAGAAUAUUUUUCAAAAAAUACAAUGGCAUUUGCUAAAGUUAUUGAUUAA